GGGACGGACCCUGAGGAGGUUCCCAUACAUACCGCCGUGUGCAAGCAGGCUCAUGCUGUUUGGAUCUGUGCAGAGAGGCAACAUGAGAACCACGGAGAGAGUUGGUGCUUUGAUAUUCAUCCUGGCAGCUCUGGCAACAGCUGAGGCAGGCUUAAUGAGAGAAAAACGGAAGGCAUUGUCUGUUUUCUCCUCCUCUUCGUCAUUUUCCUCUUCGUUCUCCUCCUCCUUUGAAAGUUCAGGAGGGAUCUGUCUUAACGGAGGCACUUCUAUCCAAUCUCUGACUACUGGUGAACACAUGUUCUGUUUGUGUGCCGACGGCUUCGAGGGGAAUAACUGUGACAAAGUGAAAAGCGGCCACUGCUACGACGGUUUGGGGCUGUACUACAGAGGCACAGUGUCUAAAUCAAAGAGUGGACGAACAUGUGAGGAGUGGGAUUCAGACACCAGGGAGCAGUUCUUGUCCUCAGACAUUAACUCAGGGAGGCACAACUACUGCAGGAAUCUAAACUACAGACGGCGUCCGUGGUGUUACGUUUGGAAGAACCAGCAGCGGGUGUUUGAGUACUGUGCUAUUCCACGUUGUGGCUCUGAGGCGGUUCCAGUUGCGCCUUCGCCUGCACCCGCUGAGCCACAGCCAGCUGCAGAGUCCACAUGUGGCCAGCGCUCCAGGAGAAAGCUGAUGAAGAUCGUGGGUGGAACAGUUGCCACUGUGGAAUCCCACCCGUGGGUUGCCACCAUAUUUUGGCGCAGUAAAUCCAAGGAGAAGGUUUUCCGCUGCGGGGGGAGUCUGAUCUCAGCCUGCUGGGUCCUCACAGCUGCCCACUGUUUCCCUGACGGCUCCCACGCCAAAAACCACCGCUUCUCCGUCAUCCUGGGGAAAAAUGCCCUGAAUGAGAGCGACCCGACUGCGGAGCAAGAAUUCAGGGUGGAAGAAAUAAUCGUCCAUGAAGGGUUUGACAACAGUGAAGGGAACUUCAACAAUGACAUCGCUCUGCUGAAGCUGAAGGCCAAUCAAGGGAAGUGUGCAGAGGAGAGCAACUUGGUGAAGACCGUCUGCCUGCCGCCGCCUCAGCAGCGCCUCCAGCCUGGUGUCACCUGCGAGAUCGCUGGAUAUGGGAAGGAGAAAUACGGUUUGUGGUACAAGUCUCAGUACCUCCGAGAGGCUCAGGUGAACCUCCUCGCCGACGAUGUGUGUCGACACCAGGACUAUUACGAAAACAUGAUCACUGACAACAUGUUUUGCGCCGGUCGCCCCGACUGGAGCCAGGAUGCCUGCGAGGGAGACUCGGGGGGGCCUCUGGUGUGCGAGGUCGGGAGCAGGCUCUUCCUGUUCGGAGUCAUCAGCUGGGGCGAUGGCUGCGCAAAGGAGUAUCGACCCGGUGUUUACACCAGAGUGACCAACUACAACCGAUGGAUAGAAGAGAAGACGGGGCUGCCAUCCAUCGCUGCUGGCUCCAUGUUCCCUCAGAAGUGAACGUGGAGCUUUUUGCUCUUCUUCUUCGAGGAUAAAUGUGGCAAUACUUUAUAUUUUUCUGAGCAAAUGCCAUGAAAUGAUGGCAGAUGUGUCUGGUCGGGCCAGUCACAGCCCUUUAUCUAAAAUGGGGCGGGUCUUAUACGAUGAUUGUACAGAGAGGAGCCACCUUAUUGGCUGGUGAGGCGCAACCAAGAUGGCUGCCACUGCUGUGAUGGUAUAAUUAGUCACCUGAAUAUAAAAAUCGUUGUGUUUUCGUUUCCUUAGAAUACGGAGUCCGCCAUGUUUCGGGGCCACCGUAGUUUCUCCUACACGCUUGGAAGUCGAGCUGUAUUCAGUCGGUUGUUAACCUUUAACUUCACCGCUAGAUGCCACUAAAUCCUACACACUGGUCCAUUAAAGCUUCUCUUAAAAGAUGUAUGAAGAUUUAGCUGACCCCUGCUGGCCGUUACAUAGAUUGGCUUCAGUUCACAGACCUGGAAGCUCUGACCGUUGUAUAUCCUGACAAUGGGCUGUACAUAGUUAUACGUUAAUGCUUAAAAAAAAAGAAGCUAAAAUGGUCACAGCAACAAUGAUACAGACAGGUAAAGAAAUAUCACAAGCCUAUCUUUAAAUGAUCAGGGGUAUUGCAUGUUUUUUUUUGCUACAAAUGCAGUAUAUUUUACACCACAAUUAACCAUUUUGCAAGCACGCGUUCCAGGAAGUCAUUGAUAUUUCCAUUGAUUUCCAUAUCAACUGAAAAUCAAUUUUCAAACUUUUCUUUUUUAUUAACCUGACUGACAUUUGAAAGUGGUCAGAAAUGAUACAAAAUACACAUAAUUUGUAGUUAAAACAGCUAAAACUUGCAAAUAUCGUCUAAGUAUUUUUUAAGCUUUAUUUUUAUGCUGACACUUCAUUUCAGUACACACAAUGUGUGUCUGCUGCGGCAGGGUAUUUCAUACUUAAACAAUAGCACACAACAAUAGUGUGCUAUUUGGUGCUUUCUGCAUUUAAUGGUUUGCUACUUAUUUCUAUAUUUUUAUAAACUAAUGAUUUAUUUUUUAUAUUUUAUAGAUUCUUUUUGUAGAUAUUCUUCACAAAUCUUUUUUGUAGAUGUUUUUUUGUUGCCUUCAGUUUAAAAAAUGAACAAAUGUUUCUGCAUUUUUAAGCAGCUCGGCACUUUAGCAUUAUACUUCCAGAGUAAACUGUCUAAACAUAUCUUCACUGUUCAGUAGAAUCCUGUUGUUUUCUGCCACGUUCACAACAUAGAUUUUAUUUUUUAACCACGGGCUCAUAGACUUUUUGUUCUUUAAGUACUACUGAACUUUUUCAUUUGAUUUUUGAUGUUUACUUUUCUAUAUGUCGUUUUCCACCAAAGGACACAUUGGAAAUAACUGUUGUAACAAUGUUUUGAGUAAAUAAAUAAAUGUAUAAAUAUCUGACUUGAAAUAAAUCCGAAAAUGUU